CAUUUGGAGUUGGUGUUUAUCUAUACAUUUGGGGGAAAAAUGACCCGACGUUAGAUACUGCAAAAAAUAUCGUUUCAGGAACUCUUUUUGGGGCUGGAAGUAUUGGGACUCUAGUUAAAAGUUUAUUCUCUCUCAACGAAUUUUUCGUUAAAAACGAUAAAGAUGACGAAAUAGAGAAGAAAUUUGAUGAGACAAUAGUUCAAAAUUCUUUAAAAAAUAUUUUUCCUUCAUCAACUUUACGAUUUACAAAGGCUCUUAUCAAACAUCUACGUCUUAUGUCAAUAUUUCCUCUUGCUGUUAUUGUUGGUAUUAAAAUAGUCGUUCCGUUGGUGGAGGAAAUGGCGUUUAAACAGAUGGUGAAGGAAAAUUUUAAGGAGUACAAAAUGGAACUCAAAAAAAUUAACAAUCGUUGGGAUCUCAAAUUUGAUUUAUAUGUGAGAAGAAUUUCGAUGAAUAAGAAAGAGAUAGAAUGUAUCAAACGCCUUUUAUUUGGUGUACCAGUGUUGAGGUAUGAUUUGCCCUCCGUUUGGGACAGUGAAACUAACAACAACACACAAUCAAAAACAGUUAAUGGUAAGCAGGAGCAUACCACGAUAAUUAUACCAGAAGAAAAACAAGCUGACCAAAUUAGUUCUCACUAA